AUGCUCCAGAAUCUCCCGCCAGAACUCGUCUCACAAAUCGUCAGCUCGGCUGUAAACGCCGACAUCCUCUCUCUGCGUCUGGCAUGCCGUACCCUGUAUGAGAAGACCUUUUCCGCCUUCGCAACCGCCUUUUUCCACCGCGUGGUGGUAGAUCUUUGCCCGAAGCCCCUUGAGAGGCUCCGUCAGAUUGCCAACCACGAGAGACUGCGGUUAUAUGUCCGUGAACUGGCCAUCUUCGGUGUCCGUAGCUGUCCGAACCCCCCACGACACAUGCCGGGAACGGGCCAUCGCUGGGCCCGCGACCCGUCGUCGGGCUGCCUCGACCCUUCGUUCCCAAUCAUUUCCGAUCUCCGUGCUGUCGUGUCGAGGCUCGUCAACUGCCGCUUCGUCGCCGUCCUGGACGAUCAGGAGCCGAACGCGGAGCUGCGAGGUCCCAGCGAAGAGGGGGGUCUUUUGCUCCUGGACACGGUGCACGUCGCCCUCCUCCUCGCCAACAACCUCCAGGCCCUCCAGACCUUCCGAGUUUCCCCUUCCGAGUUCCCCAAUGCCCGGAUACUCACGCAGUCUAAUCCCACGGAUACUGACCGACGCAGUCUGCUCCCACGUAGCGUGGCCGGUUCGCUCAGCGAGUCUUGGGCAACCAAUCUCGUGGAUCUGCAUCUGCAGUGGUAUUCCCGGCACGACGCGGACUCGCUGCUCGUGCUCGUCGAUCUCGUCCUGGGAGCGCGGUCCCUCCAGAAGCUGUGCAUGGGCGGCGCCCCGGGCGAGUUCUACCGCCGCCUGGCCGCCGCCGCCCCACCCGACGCCCUGCCGCUUGCCGUCCUCGAGGUGAGAGAGGCCACGCGGGACAUGACGUCGGACGUGUUGAUCGCUCUCGCGACGCGGUUCCGCCGCACGCUCGCACACCUGUACGUGCGCCACGUCCGCCUGGGCGAUCCCGAAAACUGGGCCGCCGUGCUUCGGAGCUGGGCGCGCGACCUCGGCCGGCUCGAGUCGUUUGGCCUGCAGUACCUGCUCGGCAGGGCGGCUGCAGGAACCGCACGGAAGCCGCUGUUACUUGGUCCCGUCCUCGAAUGGCAAGGGAUGCCGACGUCGGGUGUGCUGCAGUUCACCGCCCAGCGAGUUAGUCCGGCCCGAAGCGAGAUCGACGGCGUCCAUUACAACAACCGCGGCAGGGUCGAGGACGUGCAGAGUGUGUUGCGGGAACUGGCUCAGUGUUGUUCUUCGGCCCCUGCUUCUGACUCUCCUACGACAGGGCUGGACAACACCACUCAUGAGUAUAGGACCGCGGGGGGAUUGGUGGCCCAGAAGGUGCUUUUCUUUCAUAUCCCUGAAUUGCGCUUGUGA